AUGGUGGAGGGCCUGAAGGAGAAGGCGGAGCAGAGUUAUAUAAGUUUGUUUGGGGAUCACGUGGACCUGAAGAAGGAGUUAGCGAGAUGUCGGGAGGCCUAUUUGGAUCUGGAGGACUCCAUUGCUGAGGGAGCCGAGGAGGCAUGGAGGAACUUCAAGGAACAGGUCGGGGUUAUUGCUCCAGACUUGGAUAUUUCUCCUCUGGAUCCUGAUAAGAUCGUGGUUGAUGGGGCCAUUGUUUCUCCUCCCCGACCUGUUUCCGAAUCCGAGCUGAAGACUCGGGGGCAGAGGAUAGUGGAAUCCCCUCCCCGAUCAGAAGAUGCCCCGAGUUCUUCAAAGGCUCCUGAGAAGGGUCCCGAUCAACUUGCUCCGUCUUCCAUUGGAGAAUACAAUCACUACCAAUGUUUUGACUAUGGAAGUAUGAUGGAUCCUGAACCGAAUAGGUGUAGAAGAACCGAUGGAAAGAAAUGGAGGGGGAAUGGUGUAUUAUUCCCAAAUUCGAUAACAAAGCCUUGUAGCAAGCUACAUACUUCCAUAGCCUCAAACACAAAAUCUGCUGUUUCAAUUCCAACACCUAAGGUAACAAACUUUGGCAACAGGACAUCGGUUGCUUCGGAUAACAGAAGUAGCCGAGAUUUAUGCAAGAAAGAUAACCAGAUCAAGAACUGUGUCGGCUACAGUAUCAGUGUUAUGAGUAGUGGUAAAGGAAGUGUUACCAAUGAUAGUAAUUGCAUCUCUGCCGGCAUAGGCUUCUCCCCAAGGAGUGUUCUCCAAGUUUCUGGUUGCAAUAGUUCACACCACAACUACACAAACAGUACAGAGCUUGAACCAGGCAGGUGCCGGAGAACAGAAGGCAAGAAGUGGCGGUGCAAGAGUGCUGUUCUCCCUGGUCAGAAGUAUUGCACCACUCACGUGCACAGAGGAGCUAAAAGGCGUUGUUCCACAGAUCAUGAGCCAGUCACUACUCCUACUCCUACUUCUCGUUAUGCCAAUACCAAUUCUCGGCCGAUUUACUCUGCCGCGAACAGGACAACGAUAACCGAAGCUCGGAAAACAGUUUGCACAGUUCCCAACACAAAACUUUCUAUGUCAAUCCCAGCAAGUGCACCAUUGAGACACAACAAUGGGAAGAGUCCUAAUAGGAGCAGUGACACAGACACCACCAUCACUGACACCAUCAAUGAGUGUAGCUAUGCUUCUUUCUAAGAAGCAGUAUUUUCAAUUUCAUGUAUCUAAAACCUGUUUAAUGCUUUUUGUAUGAACAAGUUGGACUACUUAUUACUGUUUAGGCAUUUGAAUAUCAGUUUUGUGUAUAGUGUGAACAAUGAGAUCUUGAUGUAGGGGAUAUCUGAUGAAUCAAAUGUCUUACUUAAGCUUAAGCUUGUUCAUUUGAAUGAUGUGAAUUAAACAUUUUCAUAA